AGUGUCGGGGACCAGUUCUCGCUUAAUGUUUGUCAUGGCCGUGUAGUGUAUAUGACUCGAACGCUCUUACAGAUGGUGGAUGGCUGAAUUGACGGGCUCGAUCUCGUCGAUCGGAGGUGGCGCGUCUGCCUUCCUCCCAUAUCAAACAACCAGCUAUAAUCUGCCGGCACCUUUCUAUAAUACUGCCAAUAAGCAAGCACUACCCUACACGAACAGAGAACAACCGUUCUACCACCUCCCGUACCAAAGCUCCUCAACGGCGAUGCCGCCCGAAAAUCAGCCGAAUUGCCCUGGCUUGAAUCGAGCGGAGCGAAGACGCAACGAAGUUUCGCCUUUCCUUGGUUCGACACGUCGAGGUGCUUUGUUUUGUCGGUCCGGCAAUUGGCUGGAAAUCCUCGACGAACGAACGAGCCAAUUAGAGCAACGACGUGGUGGUAUCGGCGAUCCUGUACGAGGAACUCGACAAGAAGGCAGUCGAUUUAGUGUGCUCGAGUUUCUCUCAGUCGCUAUUGGCUUAGUCAGUAUACGAGGAGAAGUCUCACAACGAUAUUUAUGUAUGGAUAGAGAUGGAAAAUUAUAUGCUGCGGCGCCGCAAAAUUAUACAUCAGAAUGUGUGUUUCUCGAAGAAAUGAUGGAGAACUAUUAUAAUUUAUAUUCAUCUUGUGCCUAUGGCACGAAAAGGCGGCCAUGGUACGUCGCAUUGCGUCGAACCGGCCGGAGUCGGAGGGGUAAAAAUGCACGACGGCGGAGAAAAGCUAGCCAUUUUCUAGUCAUACAUUACGAUACGCCUCCACCGAGAACUUUAGGCCAGUUUGACUUAGGUCGCUUGCUCGCUCCAUCGCUGAAGCAUCAACCACCGAAAGACCAGUUGUUUCUAAAACGACAAGAACUAGCCAAGGAGAUGCAGACGCGGAUAGAACGAAUACAAGAGCGAGUGGGUCGGCGGCCGACUCCGGCAACUAUACGUAAAAUACGCAAGCGGAAGCGACGACGGCAACAACGGUUAGAGCGUGAACAACGCUUGCGGCGUCAACGUCAACAAGAAUUGGAAAGGCUCCGUGAGGAGGAAUUACUUAGGAAGCGCAGGCCGAAAUUGUCCGGCGCUGGUCUACUAUGGUCUCGACAGUACUAAUCUUUCACAUUGUUCAUGCCAAACGUCUCGAACAUUGCCAUUGAUUUAUGUACAGUUUUCUUUGUUGACCGUCAUCACUCCCCCCGUUUAUACAGGGACUAUCCUCUCUCACAAGCUCCGCCCAAUUCAAUGAUCUCUUCACGCUGGUCGUACGCUCCAAAAAAGCAUCUCGUCUGCCCCAAGCUAUUAAUGUAAUUCUAAUAACUUACCAUUGAUGAUAAAUCAUAGAUCUAAACGCGGUAAUGUGGGAGUAUCCGGACCAGAUGGGUUUACCUUC